CUUCACUUUCCUCUCUCUCGACUCCAUCCGGAUUAGGUAGGGGUCGUUGUUACUCCCUCCCGCGACGAAUCCGUGCUUGUCUGCCGGUCGUAGCUCGGCUCUCUGAUCUCUGUUCUCAACGCGAUUUUAUUCUCAUCCUCCGGCGAUCUAGCGUUUUGAUAUGGCUGGAUUGACACCAGAAGGAUCGCAGUUUGAUGCUCGUCAAUAUGAUGCAAAAAUGAGUGAACUGCUAAAUACUGAUGGGCAGGAAUUCUUCACAACAUAUGAUGAGGUCUAUGAAAGCUUUGAUGAUAUGGGACUUCAGGAGAAUCUUCUUAGAGGCAUUUAUGCCUAUGGUUUUGAGAAGCCCUCUGCAAUUCAGCAAAGAGGCAUAGUCCCCUUCUGCAAGGGACUUGAUGUUAUCCAGCAAGCACAAUCUGGAACUGGGAAAACUGCCACUUUUUGUUCUGGAAUUUUGCAGCAGCUUGAUUAUGGUUUGGUUCAAUGUCAAUCUUUGGUUCUUGCUCCAACUAGAGAACUGGCCCAGCAAAUCGAAAAGGUCAUGCGAGCACUUGGUGAUUAUCUUGGUGUAAAAGUUCAUGCUUGUGUUGGAGGAACGAGUGUUCGUGAGGAUCAGCGGAUACUUUCAAGUGGGGUCCAUGUUGUGGUUGGCACUCCAGGUCGUGUCUUUGAUAUGUUGAGAAGGCAAUCUCUUCGCCCUGAUUAUAUCAGAAUGUUUGUCUUGGACGAGGCAGAUGAAAUGCUUUCACGUGGUUUCAAGGAUCAGAUAUACGAUAUCUUCCAACUACUUCCUUCAAAAAUCCAGGUUGGUGUCUUUUCAGCCACAAUGCCACCUGAGGCCCUGGAGAUUACCAGGAAGUUCAUGGAUAAACCAGUUAGGAUUCUCGUGAAGCGAGAUGAACUUACCCUGGAAGGUAUAAAGCAAUUCUAUGUGAAUGUUGAAAAGGAUGAAUGGAAACUUGAUACACUAUGCGACCUGUACGAGACAUUAGCCAUCACUCAAAGCGUCAUCUUUGUUAAUACCCGACGAAAGGUGGACUGGCUCACUGACCAAAUGAGGGGCAGGGAUCAUACUGUCUCAGCCACACAUGGUGAUAUGGAUCAAAACACCAGGGACAUUAUCAUGCGUGAAUUCAGAUCUGGCUCCUCAAGAGUUCUCAUCACUACCGAUCUCCUUGCCCGUGGUAUUGACGUCCAGCAAGUCUCCCUGGUCAUAAAUUAUGAUUUGCCAACUCAGCCAGAGAACUACCUCCACAGGAUUGGACGUAGUGGACGGUUUGGUAGAAAGGGUGUUGCGAUAAAUUUUGUUUCCCAUGAUGAUGAGAGGAUGUUGUUUGAUAUCCAAAAGUUCUACAACGUGGUCAUAGAAGAGCUGCCUUCCAAUGUGGCUGAUCUUAUCUGAGUAGGUUGUUUUGUAUUGUUGGGUAUUUAUGCGCCACUUUCAGGCCUCGUUUUAUUAAGUAAUCAUUAAGCAUAACUGUUCAGUGGAAAGUGUUGGACCCUUCUCUAUAUGAAUUUGAAACAAGUUAUCGGCAUGUCUUACUGCUAAUCUUUGAAGCUUUUUUAUCAGUCUUGUAAGACCUAUUGAGAAUUCUGUUUAUGCUUUUUUGAAUAAUUUUUAGUGGAAGCUUUUUGCAAUCA